UGUCGUACGUCAUACUGUCAGUAUAAAAGUCAACUUUCCACAAAAAAUAAUUCUUUUUCAUUGCAUCGUUUAUCAGAGCGAGUUUAUUAAGGAAGUAAAAUGUCUAAAAUGCCACCAACCCAGGUGAGGGAAACUAGAGAAAGUUCCUUUUUAAGGGAUUUCUUUGCUGGAGGAAUAGCUGCUGCCAUAGCUAAAACUUCUGUGGCUCCCAUUGAACGAGUAAAGUUAAUUUUACAGGUGCAGGCAGCCAGCAAACAAAUAUCAGCGGAAACUGCUUACACAGGAAUAAUCAAUUGUCUUGUACGUAUCCCAAAAGAACAAGGAAUUUUAAGUUAUUGGCGAGGAAAUUUGGCCAAUGUAAUACGAUACUUCCCCACUCAAGCUUUAAAUUUUGCCUUUAAGGAUGUUUAUAAACAAUUCUUUAUGGGCGGAAUCGAUAAAAGGACCCAAUUUUGGAAAUAUUUUGGCGGUAAUUUAGCUUCAGGAGGGGCUGCCGGAGCCACUUCUUUAUGUUUUGUAUAUCCCCUUGAUUAUGCAAGAACUCGAUUGGGAGUUGACGUAGGACAGAGUACCAAAACAAGACAAUACCAUGGCUUAAUUGAUUGCCUUGCCAAAACUUUCAAAACUGAUGGGCUAAUUGGUUGGUACAGAGGAUUCUUGGUUUCUGUGCAAGGCAUAAUUAUUUAUCGUGCUGCCUAUUUUGGUAUGUUUGACACUAUCAGGGGUUUGAUUGCUGAUCCCAAAACUACUCCGUUCAUUGUUUCAUUUAUUAUUGCUCAGACUGUAACCUCAAUUUCUGGAAUCCUGUCCUAUCCAUUGGACACUGUAAGAAGACGAAUGAUGAUGCAAUCAGGACGUGCCAAGGGUGACAUUAUGUACAAAAACACCUUCGAUUGCUGGUACAAAAUUUUUAAAAAUGAAGGGCCCAGUGCUUUCUUUAAAGGCGCUUUAUCCAAUGUCCUGCGUGGUACAGGUGCAGCUCUUGUACUUGUCUUCUAUGAUGAAGUUAAAGCAUUUUUGUAAACUCGACAAUAAUAAAGAGCAGUGGGGAUAUGGGAACAAGCAAUAAACUCCCAAAAUCAAAAGGGAGUACUCAAAUUUAGGAGACUAAGAUAAAAAGGCUGUCGUCUUAUAUUUUAUAGACAUAUAUUUCAGAGAAAAUGUAUUAGUCAAAAUUUAAAAUAAGCUUGUGUACAGAACAAACUACACUAUGCAAAAAUAAAUAAUAAAAAGAGGUAAUGCAAUAUUAGUUUUAAGUCUUUAUAAAAUAUCUGUUAAUUAUCUACUGAUAAAAUUAAGACUGAAAAAUAUAUUACAUGUUUUUAUUUUCAAAA